AAGGAAACCAGAACUGUCAGCCUGCAACCACAAAUCCAGCACAAGAUGCACCAUCUUCCAGCUGUCACUUGCGUAGACAACUGUCUACGCGUACUCCCGGAUGACAAAACCUUUCUGCUUCAUCAUGACGUCGGAGUCAACACCACAACAACGGCAGAGCAGAAGGAGAGACACACCUGAUGAAGUCGCCGCCGCCGCCUCACUAACACCAUCCAUGAGCCCUAAGGCCGCCGAUCUGAAGGUUGUGAGCCCGGACGUAUACAGCUGAUUUGGGAAGGUUGGGUCGAGAUUUUCUUACAGGCGAGGAGAGCCCGGCUGUAGAUUGCAUAUCGGCUAACACAAUGUAUGCCCCCAAACUGAAUAUAUAUGUGCGGCCGGCCCGAGGCCGAAGGUUGUACUCCUAGUCUCCUAGGCUUCACAAUCACUCGAUAGUUCUUCAACAAUGGCGUUCUCGGCGGAUCCGACCGCACAGCCCUACGUCGUCGAGGAUUGCCGCGGGGUGCUGCAGCUUCUCAGCGACGGUACAGUCGUGCGCUCUGCGGCCUUGCCCUUCCCUGUCGACGGCAACGUCGCAUAUAACGACCACGGCCGCGUCGAGUGGAAGGACGCCGUGUACGACGCCGGCCUCGGCCUCGGCCUUCGCAUGUACAAGCCGACGACGAAUGCCGGAGAGGAGGGCAAGAAGCUCCCCGUGCUCGUCUACUUCCACGGCGGGGGCUUCUGCAUUGGCUCCUGCACGUGGCCCAACUUCCACGCCGGUUGCCUCCGCCUCGCCGCCGAGCUCCCCGCCGUUGUAAUCUCCUUCGACUACCGCCUCGCCCCUGAGCACCGCCUCCCCGCUGCUCACGAGGACGCCGCCGCGGCCCUCCUCUGGAUGCAGAACCAGCUCGCUUUGGACCCGUGGCUCGCAGACGCGGCCGACCCAUGCAAGGUGUUCGUCUCCGGCGAAUCUGCCGGUGGCAACAUCGCGCACCACCUUGCCCUCCGGUUCGGCAGGGCAGGGCUGGACCCGAUGAGGAUCGCGGGGUACAUCCUGCUCAUGCCGGCAUUCUGCUCGGAGCAGCCGACGCAGUCCGAGCUUGACUCACCGGCGACGGCGUUCCUGAAUAGGGAAACCUGCGACAGGUACUGCCGCCUCUUCCUGCCCGCCGGAGCGAACAAGGACCACCCGCUGGUGAACCCGUUCGGGUCGGACAGCCCAAGCCUUGAGACGUUGGACGUCGGCCGCGUGCUCGUCGUGGCCGCGGAGGGCGACCUGCUGAGGGACAAGAACGUGGAGUACGCGGAGCGGCUGAAGGCGGCGCAGGGUAAGGGGAACGAUGACGUCGAGCUCGUUGUGUUUGCCGGCGAGGAGCACGCGUUCUUCGGGGUGAAACCGACGUCAGGGGCCACCGGCGAGCUCGUCCGGGUAAUCAGGCGGUUCAUGGCCACGGAGACGGAAGCAGCCUGCUGAGAAGAACGAUCGAGUGGCUGUCGUGCGUGAAGGUUAUCUCACUUUUUUUUUUGGAAUCGUGGAGGUUAUCAUUUCUGCGUCGUGUUGUCUACAUUUUGUAUGUCCUCCUCUUGUCUCAUGCCCACAAUAAUCGCAACGAUUUGUCA